UUUGCACCGUAAGAAUGACACAUACGUUCGUUUGUUCACAUAGGGUUAGUGCGGGAGGAUGGCUGAGUAAACGACUCGUUCACUGACCAAUCAGUGAUUAACCAGCAUCGAAUGAUUAUUGUGACGAGUAUUAUGACGAUGUUUACGUUCGUGGUGAUAUUAUUCCCUCCUUGGCUGGCAUCGCAGUUGUGACAAUGGGGCAGAGGCUGUCCUUGCAGUGAUAGUGACGGGUACUGGCAACACAACCCGCUGCUGCGGUUGGCGGCACUGUGCUAUGCAUGUAAUCAUAAGCAAUCCAUACACUAGGGCACUACAAGGAUGUCUUUGAUUGUUCCUUUGGCUUAUCCACAUAUAUUCUACGCAGUAUAUAGUAUUUAGGAUGAAGUAAGAGUCCUUUGAUACAUAUGUGUAUACUCAAAAGAAACUUUUUUGAGGACUGCGAGAGGAAGACAGCAAAUAUUGUUCCAGCAAGUUCCGUCCAUUUAAUUCUGAAUGACGGCAGCGCCUAUUGCUACUUCUGAUGCUCUUGCUGAUAUCUUGUAGGACCACAGUGUAGCUAUGAGCUUAUGGCUGACGGGCACUAUUGCUGGUGUGACUGCUGCACUGAGGGCUUUUACAGGCAAAGCCUGAGCGCUGGGCCUUGCCGAUGACAACUUGACGGACAGUAACGGCUGCCGGACGGCCGAUCCUAUCUGGCUUGUAUCGAUGGAACAUAAAGAGCAGCUAUGUUGUCAUUCGUACAUCGUACGUCAUCCUGGGUGGUUUGAACUGUGGUUACUUUUACUAUUGCUAUCGCGCCCGCUGCUGAACUCUCAAUCGUCUGGGUCGUCUUACAUGAGUUAACUCACGAUAGACGCAUUCUAGAGAGGCAAAUCACUAAAUUUCAUCAAGGGAAGCUGGAUGAACAAGAAUAAACGCAGUCUUCCAGUCUGUAGCGAAGUGGUUUGCCUACCUAAAAUCAAUUGCUCGUCUCGGAAUAUACUGAAUGAAACGGAUCGCCGCUGUUGCAAACCCCCAGUGCAUCAUUUGUUGAACUUCGAAGUUGUGUCUAAGACAAAAGAACUAACUUAAUUACUAGUAAUUAAUAAUAUCAGUAUUUAGCUUGACGUAUAACACGUUAAGCGAUACCCAUCUCAACCUUUAGAACGCCUGUAAGCUAUGACGAACCUUGGGCAACGGUUGAAUGAUUUUCGGCUAAAUGGUGGACAGCUCUGUGAUCUUGAUUUGGUCGCCUGUGACUCGGAUGUCGUCGUCAAAUGCCAUAAACUCGUGUUAAUGGCUUCCAGCGAUUAUUUCUACAAAAUGCUAUCGUGUGGUAUGCAGGAGUCCAGGGCGGAAUCCAUUUCUUUGUCAGAUUGUCGCUAUGAAGUUUUGUCCAUCCUCAUCGAGUUCUUCUAUACUGCCGAGACACCAUCAGGCAUCUCGUGUGAUAACAUCCUCGAACUAUUUUCCUGGGCAAUUCGUUGUGACUCAACGGCCCUUUGUCGGCAUUGCAGUAAUUUUAUUGACAACGCACUGGGAUGUGAUAAUGUAUUGAACAUUUACGCAUUUGCAGUGGGUCAUAACUUGAAAAAUCUCAGGGCACAGUGUCUUCAAUUUAUGCAGAACAAUUUUGAGGAGAUGGUCAAAUUGAAUUCCGAAGAGUGGCUAGCGGUCUCUCGCGAAACGAUGGAAGAAGUCAUCUCGUCUGAUUAUUUGCGAGUUUGCAGCGAGGACACAAUUUUACUCAUGCUAUUACAGUGGACCGAGCGGCAUCCUGAGCACAGGGAUAUUCUUGCACAUACCCGUACUAACUACCUGUCUAAACGAAUCUUUGACGACUAUAAGGAUCUCCUAAAGGGAGUUGGAGCUCCACCUGCUCGGCAGAUUCCGCGGAGGUAUUCGAGGCAACAUGUGCAAAUGAUAUUACAGGGUACCUUGGAUCUGGCAGACUUGUAUAUUCAUUGUAGCUGUGACAAUGGUCAGCAGUUCUUCCGUGUAGCGAAGCUGCCGACCGAGUACAGGGAAUGUGAUGAAGACUUUCACAUUGCGUUCUGCGCAACGUUGAGCGAUAGGACACUUUGGUUGAUCUCCAACAAUCAACAUCUUUAUCGAUACAAUUAUAAUACGCGAAAAAUGAUCGGGCAUAAAGCUAUUAGACGGAACAUCUUUAUUGUUCACAUGGCGCCUGUUCAGGAUAUUCUAUACUGCAUCGUCCGAGUGCAAUCCGGGGGUUCGGUGGAGCUACAAAUGUUUCUUAAUUCGUUAUUUCGUUGGCAAACAUUUCUCUCGUUAGAUAAUGACGCUUACCGCAUUAUCCAUACGACCACCGAUGUCAUAUACAUUCUCGGACGAGAAGGCAGUCUCACCCGUAUAAAUCUCACCAACAACACAACCCGCCCAGAGUGUCUGUGCGCGAAUCCCGAGGCGGACUGGCUGGACUGCGAGGCUGUAGCAUUGCCUUCUGGACAACUCUUGGUACACGGACGCGACACUGAAGAAUUUACGACGUUUGAGUUUGAUCCGAGCGCCCUCAACUGGUCGCUUCUUUGUACCCGUACAGCCAUUAGUGUAAAAUCAUACCAUCUGUUCAUAUCCGAUAUGGAAGCCUACCUCGUCGAAGACACCAUGCAUUGUAUUCGGGUUCUUCUAUGGACUGUUGUCGAUUCGGGCUAUCGGUGGGAGAAGGUUUGCGAGAUUGAACACAUGUAUGAACGAUUAGUCGGGCCUGUAAGCUGGUAUCAUUAUGAUCAAUAAAAGUUCCCAUGCUACCGAUACACUGUAAAUACAAAUACUGAUCAAACACAUCAAUUCUGCGUAUGACGACUCAGAUAGUUAGACAUUUAUGUAUGAGACAUACCCCCUACGAAGAUAGAUCAGAUUUACGUAUCGGAUAGCGGUGACAAAAUAUGCCAGAUAUGAUAACUUGUAUAUGAAACUCCGUGAACCGAAGGCAGAGUGGAUUUCCGCGAACCGUAUAUGCUAGAGUGUCCUUCAUCGGGUAGUUGUCAGUGCAUAAUUGCGGCUGAAAGGAUUUCAGCCACACCAUAAGCAGACGCAAACUAGACGAUUAUUUGGGGCUUAACGUUUAUAUUGUAUUUUGUUUUGACGGUUACCUAGAUGGAAUGCUCAAAAUGCUGUUGCUCUUGCUGCGCGGCCUAAAGCAUAAUCUAUUUUACCCCUAAUUUUUUUUUUUACUAUGAAUGUGACACCUGAAUAUGCAUGGUGUUUGAAUUGUACGAAAUCGACUGAUGCUACAGUUAUUGUGUAAAGUACAUUUUUGCUUUAAGUCUGCAUUCGAUAACUAUCGUAGUAUUCGAAAAACAAUGGGCAG